CUUUGUGAAUUAUUGACCCAAUAAUUAUACUCUCAUAGCCCUUCCACUUGGCUUAUUAUAUGCAGAGUUGAUGCUGGGCCUCUCACAGAUGAAUGACAGGCUGAAAUGCAACAGAUCCAUCUCCAAGGGAAAGUUUUAAAACAGAGUCCCAGAGUAAGCAGAGAGAGAAUACAACUUGCUCAUCAAAAGCCUAAUGAGGAAAGAAAAGAUCUUUGUAAUACAUCUAAAGACUGCAAGAGAUGAGAAUUGCUGGUUUUCCCCAGCAGUGCCAUUACUGACAAUACCCGAUCCCUAGAAACCACCAUAUUUUCUUAACUAAUGAUGGACAAGUAAGUAUAUGAUAUUCCAGGGUGGGUGCAUGGGGAGCGGGACAGGCAAGCUCAGAAAAGGGGGCACUUUAUAGGGAACUGUAGCAACUAGAACUUAGAUCCCAACGAUUGAGGUUCCUGCAUUGCAGGGGCGUUGGACUAGAUGACCCUCCGGCCCUUCCAACAGUUCUAUUAUCCUACCCUCCAUUCCUCACAGCUAUUUCUUCCUGAAACGAAUCCAUUCUAAGACAACUCUCUUUAGGACCAGAGAGAACUUUCCUUCGAGGUUACGUUUCAGUAAUUGGUUGUGGGUUCCUUACUUCCUCUUUCUAGUUGCUUGUUCUUCUUGAUCUUGGGAGAGAAAUUGUGGGUGGGGAAAGCAAGGGACCACGAUCAAAGGGGAGGCAAGCUUCUCCCAUAGCUACCUUCUCUUCCUGGAUCAAGUGACUUGUGAAUCGCCAGGUGAGCUGUAGUCCCGCCCCUUCACCUGGGAAAUGUUUCCUCUUGAAGAGUGGGAGAAGGAGAAACUGCCAUGAAGGAAAACCAAAAGGGGGAACUCAGACGCAUCUGACACCAAAGGGUUCUGUCCGCCAUGAAACUCCACCUCUCCAGUGCUCUCGCAUCUUCCCACCUGAGGCAUCUCCCAGACCGGCAGGGAUUGCUGUACAAGAAGAGCAUCCGCACAGCCUCCUACCGGCCAUGCUGGUGCGAGCUCUGGGGCAAUAUCCUCUUCUGCCGAGACCAAUCGGGAGAUAGGGGUCCUCUUCGGCUCAUCAUCCUGGAAGGCUGCACCGUGGAGCUGCAGGAGUCUGCAUCUGAACCCCACACCUUUGAGAUUUCCUACCCCAAUGGUGUACCUGGCGCCCGAUCCUACAAAAUGGCGGCCGAGAGCCAAGAAACCAUGGAGGGUUGGGUGCGAGCUCUCAGUACGGCAGGCUUCUGUUACCUCCGAGCUUUGGUGACGGAGCUGGAGGGACAGUUUCAGAUGUUGAAGCACCAGCAGCCUCCCAAAUGUGAAGGACAACCGAGACACUUGGCAAGAGACUUGAAACACCCCACUACAAAACCAGCGGUGGAAGCUGGUCCCUUCAACAUGGGUUUUGUCCAGCUCCAUCAGCAAUUUGGAGAAGAUAUUUUGAGGCUGAGGCGGAAGUGGCAGGAGAAGCAAGGCGAGCAGCAGCCAGAGAAUGAGUCCUUGAUUGAUUUUGAUUAGGGCAAUUCAGGCCAUACCAAACGUUUGGACCGUGCCUUUGCGAAGUCUAGAAUCUAUGAAGUUUCAGGCAAGAAAGUCAUGCAGAGCCAGUAUCUGAUUAAUGCCUUUGAAACAUAUGUCAGCACAUUGACAUUGAUUUUUACACGCUACAAGAGAUUUUAAUAAAUGUGUAUUUUUAAACAAAGAAAC